AGUUGAUAAUUUGUUUCUCUCUUUGAGACCAGAUAUCCAAUGGAACCCUAGCAGUUAAAUAGGAGUGAGAUUUGAAGGAGGAGCUUGUAUCUGUCUUAAAAUCUGAGUUACUCAGUACCAAGCUCAGCACUGCCCCUUCAAAUUCACGCUCAUUUGCGGUAUCCUACCUCAUUCACAACUUUGGAUUCUCUCCUGAAUCUGCUUCCAAAACAUCUAAGUCCUACAAUAUUUGUUUCCAGACCUCAGAAAAGCCCGAGACAGUGAUCAGGUUCUUCAGAAAUAAUGGUUUCUCUAAUGUCCAAAUAAACAAUAUGGUUAGAAGGUCACCAUGGUUGCUUUCCUGUGACCCAUGCAAAAGGGUAAUGCCAAAGUUUGAAUUUUUUCUCUCAAAGGGUGUUUCUAGCUCUGAAAUUGUUGACCUAGUGAAUAAGUACCCUGCAGUACUGGGUUCAAGCCUGAAGAAUCAGAUAGUUCCAACCUAUGAAUUGAUUUAUAAGUUCUUGCAAUCUGAUGUGAAGACUAUUGGUUGUAUGCUUGGUAAUUCAUUUUUCUGUCGGGGCGAUAUUCUAGCACACAACAUCAGAUUGCUGCUGAAGAAUGGAGUGGGAGAAACGAACAUUUCAAGAUUGCUUGGGAACCGUUGUAAGGGGGUCUUUUGCUCAAAUGAUAUGGUUAAGUUGGUGAAGGAAGUAAAGGAUUUGGGAUUUGAUCCUUCAAAAGCAGCUUUUGCUGUAGCGUUGAUGGCCAAAAAAGAAACGACUCCUUCCAUGUGGAAGCAGAAAGUUGAUACCUUAAAGAAAUGGGGUUGGUCUGAUGAAGCCUUUUCUGAAGCAUUUAGGAGGCACCCUCACAUUAUGUUGGCAUCCAUUAAGAAAAUAAAUGUUGUGAUGAACUUUUGGGUCAAUCAGUUGGGUAGGGAUGCUCUGGAACUUGUCCGUUUUCCGAAGAUUUUCGGGUUGAGUAUGGAAAAGACAAUCAUUCCAAGGUAUCGUGUUGUCCAGCAUUUACUUGCUGAAGGCCUGAGGAAAAGCACUGCCAGCUUUUUGACGCCGAUUGCUAUUUCUGAAAAGGCCUUUCUUGAAACCUUUGUGACAUGUUUUAAGGAGGAAUCAUAUCAACUAUUAAAGUUGUACCAGGAAAAAGUUAGUGUUCAAGGAAAAGAGGAGGUUGGUGCGGCAUGGGGCAAUUCUCAAAUUGUUAACUCAUGAGUAUACAUUUGUCUGGUUAAAGGUUGCUGUCUAAAUUCAACUGCUUGGUGCGUUAUAAAUGAUUGAAGCAUGANAAGCUUAGCACAAAUUCUUUAAAAUAAUAACAACCAAUGUUUUUGCGUAACCUAGCAUACACAAUAGCAUGUUUUGUUGUUCCUUUUGUUAUAAAGAUGCAUUUGUCAUCCUUGUAUCUUGAGUAUGGACUGGCAGGGAUCUUUUAGCUACUGGUUUUUAUUGAUCUCUUUUUUAGGUUUGGCUUGUUGCCAGAAAGUUUCUAACGUUUGUGUUAAGGGGGCUCCUUGAUAUCUGGGUCCAUGUUUCAAUUUUCCUUGUUAGGGCAAUUUAACAAUGUAUCUCAGACAGUUAGCAGGGAAAUAUAUUGAAUGACAACUUCUGGAUAGCAUUAGAGGCUAUUUAAUUUCUUAGUUUUCUAGUCUGUAUGGUUACUAUGGAUGGAUAAGUGUUUCUGAGAGGAUACAAUGGAUCAGUAGCUUACCUCGUUCUUCAGUUUUGCUCUUUCUUAGCCGGUUUUGAUGAAGAAAACACUUAGCUAGUUUAGUA